AUCAAAUCUCCUUGCCUUAAGAAAACAUCCCUGAAGAUACAAAGUAGACCUUCAGGCUUCAAACCUCCAGAGCUCAGAUGGGCACAAGCAAGGGGCAGCUGAUGUACGAUGCUGUAAAGAUGAAGGAAACACUCUCAUCCUGGCCAGGAGACUCUGUGCAACCCUGAGGGACAAAGUGAGCUCGAGAGGAAGCAAAGACCCCUAGCCUUGCAGCUCUGCUUGCAGCCUGCCUGGGAAGCGCUGUUCCAGGAAACAGCACUGAACAGGGAACUGGGCUCAAAGUCAAGAUUGGCUGACUCAAGAAAGCACCUCUGCAAACAAAGCUGGCAGAGUAAAGGCUUCAACUCCUUUCCAUGGCAACCCACCAAAACCUUGCCUCGAAGAUCUUCUGUUUAUGCUGCAGGGACUGUGAGGAGCCCCAAGCCAUGGAUGACUCCAAGGUUCCCAAUAAAACCCAAGAGCUUCAGCCAUCAACCCAGAGUUUACAACUUCAGAAGGAUGAGUUCAACAAACAAAAUCCCAAGUACAUGAAUGCAGCUUCCCGCUUAUCUUUCGGAAAACCUCUGAUCCACUCAGAAAAGAGAGAUUCCUCCAGCAGCAGUGAGUUUGAGGAUAUAAAUGCAUAUGCUUCCCAACAAGGCUUUUACAAAAGAAACUUAAACCGCUACUCCCAGGAGCGCUGGCCAUUCCAACCGUGCCUCAUUGGGAGGCCCUGAGCAUUCUAGUUGGCAGUGCCCACGUGGGUCUCUGAGCUGUGCAGCUGCGGGAGCAUGUCCAUGAGGAAGAGAGCAGUGGACAGGAGUCAUGAAGACUGAUUCAGAAACUCCCCUGGAGGAGGAGAAGACGUCUGAGCCAUCCCUGUGCCACCGACAAGAGUCCUCCAGCUUCUGAAAAAGCCACAGUGGGAGGAGCUGCCUCCAAUUAAAGUCCUUGGUCACAUCACAGGAUCGUGUCCCUCCUGUUUUCCCCUCCCUUUUAUCAGGGAGUGUCUCUUCCAAAUGUCUUAUCUUUUUAUAUGUAUUGUCAUAUCUAACUUUAAAAUUAUUUUAACCUUUUGGAUAGCUUUGGAAAUAAUUUCAGGCUUAAGGAAAAGUUAAAAUGGUACAAAGAACUCCGAUGUACCUUCUACUCGGGCUUACCAGUUGUGUAUAUAUUUCCCCCAUUUGCCUUAUCACCUUUUCUCUCUCUCAUUUUCUUCCUGAACCACUUGAGAAUGUGCUGCGCACUUCACGCUUUUUUACUCCUAAAUACAUCUGUGUAUAUUUCCUAAUAAUAAGACUACUCUCUAUCAUAACUAUAGUAGAGUUGUCAAAGGCAAUAAAUUCAACGUUAAUGUAAUGCUCUUCAAAUUUCCUCAGUUGUCCCAAAAAUGUCUCGUAGCUACCCUUUUGCCCAGUCUAGCAUUUCAUCCAAGAUCAUAAAUUGCAUGUACUUGUCACAUUUCUUUAGUCUCCUUUAAUCUGGAACAGUUCUGUCUUCCUCUUUCAUGGCCUUUAUAUUUCUGAAGCAUACAGGUAGACCGGUUUUAUAAGAUGUCCCUCAGUGAACCUGAUGGUUCCUCAUGAUUCAAUUCAAGUGUUCCAUUUGGGACCGAAAUGCAGCAGAAGCAGCGCUGUGUCCUCCUCAGUGCAUCGUAUCAAGAGCUACGUGACGUGGGUAGGUUCCCUGAUGUGUGAUGUUAACUUAGAUCACUUGGCGGAAGCAGUGCCUGCUGCCAAUUGUCUCCACUGUAAGUUAUUAUUUCCCCCCUUUUUAAUUAAUAAGAAAUAUGGGAAUUCACCCAGGUUUCCUGGUACGUUAAUAUGGUUUAUUGCUUACAUUUAGAUCCCUAUUCCAUUUGACACUUGUUAGUAUCGUACGUAUGUGGAAUGCCUAACAUUUUUUUCCGAAUAAUCAUAUGGUUAUUCCAGCACAUUUAUUUAAAAGACCACUUUUGGGACCAGCAAAUGGAGCAAUGGUUACA